GAUCGCGGCGCGGGGGCGGCGCGGGCGGGCGGGGCGCUCCGAGGACACCAGCCCCGGCCCGGCCGAGAGCGCAGGCCGCCAUGGGUUCCGUUGGGAGCCAGCGCCUCAAGGAGCCCAGCGUGGCAGGCACUCCCGACAGGACUGUGACAGUGAGCUUCAGCUUCGACGGCCACCAGCUGGACGCGGCGGCCGCAGAGGCAGCUCCAGGCCCGGACGUUAGGGCCAGGGGUGCCCCAGCUGUCAUGGACUCCGCAGCGGAGGAGCCGGUGCCCGACGACCGCUACCACGCCAUCUACUUCGCCAUGCUGCUGGCCGGCGUGGGCUUCCUGCUGCCCUACAACAGCUUUAUCACCGACGUGGACCACCUGCAUCACAAGUACCCAGGGACCUCUAUCGUGUUUGACAUGAGCCUCACCUACAUCUUGGUGGCACUGGUGGCCGUGCUUCUCAACAACGUCCUGGUGGAGAGACUGAACCUGCACACCAGGAUCACUGCAGGCUACCUCUUAGCCUUGGGCCCCCUCCUCUUCAUCAGCAUCUGUGACGUGUGGCUGCAGCUCUUCUCUCGUGACCAGGCCUACGCCAUCAACCUGGCCGCCGUGGGCACCGUGGCCUUCGGCUGCACAGUGCAGCAAUCCAGCUUCUAUGGGUACACGGGGAUGCUGCCCAAGAGGUACACGCAGGGGGUGAUGACUGGGGAGAGCACGGCGGGGGUGAUGAUCUCGCUGAGCCGCAUCCUGACCAAGCUGCUGCUGCCGGACGAGCGCGCCAGCACGCUCAUCUUCUUCCUGGUGUCGGUGGGCCUGGAGCUGCUGUGCUUCCUGCUGCACCUGCUGGUGCGCCGCAGCCGCUUCGUGCUGUACUACUCCGCGCGGCCGCGCGACAGGGGCUGCCGGGCCGGCCUGGGCCGCGGCGCCGGCUACCGCGUGCACCACGACGUGGCCACCGGGGACGUCCACUUCGAGCACCAAACCCCAGCCCUGGCCACCGCGUCCCCAAAAGACAGCCCAGUGCAUGAGGUGACCGGCAGCGGGGGCACCUACAUGCGCUUUGACGUGCCCCGGCCGAGAGUCCAGCGCAGCUGGCCCACCUUCAGAGCCCUGCUGCUGCACCGCUACGUGGUGGCGCGGGUCAUCUGGGCAGACAUGCUGUCCAUCGCGGUGACCUACUUCAUCACGCUGUGCCUGUUCCCCGGCCUGGAGUCCGAGAUCCGCCACUGCAUGCUGGGCGAGUGGCUGCCCAUCCUCAUCAUGGCCGUGUUCAACCUCUCAGACUUCGUGGGCAAGAUCCUGGCGGCCCUGCCCGUGGCCUGGCGGGGCACCCACCUGCUGGCCUGCUCCUGCCUGCGCGUGGUCUUCAUCCCCCUCUUCAUCCUGUGCGUGUACCCCAGCGGCACGCCCGCCCUGCGCCACCCCGCCUGGCCCUGUGUCUUCUCCCUGCUCAUGGGCGUCAGCAACGGCUACUUCGGCAGCGUGCCCAUGAUCCUGGCGGCCGGCAAGGUGGGCCCCAAGCAGCGGGAGCUGGCAGGGAACACCAUGACUGUGUCCUACAUGUCAGGGCUGACGCUGGGCUCCGCCGUGGCCUACUUCACCUACAGCCUCUCCCGGGACGCCCACGGCAGCUGCCUCGUCACCUCCGCCGCCAACGGCUCGGCCCCCACCGGCCCCUGAGCCGGCCCUGCCCCCACCCGGGGGCUGAGGGCCCGACCUCGCCCCAGGCCUGAGGCACCCCCUCCCCGCCUGCAGUGCCUGGGGGCCCCAGGCCUCCUCCUGUGCCAAUAGCGCCACCCUCUCUGGGUCCACUGGGCCACCACUCCGGCCCCGAGUUCUAGCAAGUUCUCUGAAGAAUGGAUGUGUUUCUGCAGCCCAGGGCUCGGCCCAGCAACGUGUUCUGUGUUCGGUCUCACACCUGCUGUCGCCCUCCGUCUGUGCAGCGCCCCUGCUCCAGCCAGGCCAGUGCUCUGGGGUCAGACCCAUGGCCGCCCUGAGCAGGACAGCAGACCGCCAGCCAGUGACCCACCCAGGGUCUGCUUCCUGUGUCCACAGCGCUGGUCGGGGUGCAGCCUGACCCAGCCUCCACCAGGGACCCCUCCCCGUGAACCUCAGGGCCCCCAGAGGAGGGGGCAGCCCUGGCCUUAUCACCUCAGGCCUUUCCCCCGCGACCCCGUUCUUAGACCCUGGAUCUCUGUUAGCCAUGAAGGAUCGUAGCCCAGGGGCUGAAUGGACUCAGAUCGUGUCUGUGCCAGCCCCUAGCGUCCACAGCGCAGCGCCCGCCCAAGCAGGCCCGCCCACGUGGGGGCCUCCCCGCACACCCGCCCAAGCCCCCUGCCCCCCUCACCUGCCUGCAAUACAGGAAGGAGACAGGUUUGGGGGCUGCAAAGCAGGGCCCCCACCUUGGCUGAAGUUGACCCUUGACCUAGGUCUUGACCCCUGUCCAGCAAGGCUCAAGGAGGUACCUGAUGUGCCCAAGAGUCCCCAGCAAGUGGGGAGGGGUCUAGGGGGAGAUCACUCCAGCCGGGACCCUGCAGAACACCAGGUUGGUGAGGUCAGGGCCCUGGGGUGGGGGAUUCCAGGGGUGUCCCGCCAAAGACAGCUUUCCCUGGGGGAGGCUGGCCUGCCCUUCCACACCCUGGCCCCUGCUGUGUCCUGUCCACCGUCUGUCCACUAACUGUACCGCACUGGCCAUUAAAGAUGAAGGCAGAGAGCCUGCCCCACCGCU